CAAAAGUCAACAUUGACCACUUGACUCAUUACUUCCAGCCAGAGGAGAGGAUCCCUGCCAAAAUCAGGAAAUUGAUUGAUCCUACUCAUCUGGCUGGAAGUAAUGAGUCAAGUCACACAUCAGUCACACCCCCAGCAAGGCAACCCACAAGCUGUGAAGCCCAAGGACCUCCACUCAGUGCAGAUAUUUUAAUCAGAGACGUAUGGGCAGGAAGGCGCCGAACGACACUCUGGUCAAGACUGGGGCCAUAUAAAUUAUAUAUGGAAGACCUCCUGUACCUGGCCCCAGGAAAGGAAUUGGAGAGUCAGAUCAUUAAUGCAUAUCUCACAAUGGUUGGGAGGAAGAGUGGUGCAGUCAUUAUAGACAGCUAUGCAAUGACCGCAGUGUGGCAGGGCAAACAGAGAGGCUUGAAACGGCUGGCCCUUGAUCAUGAUGUGGCUGCAGGAGCAGUCUGUCAUGAAGGACACUGGACACUCAUUAUCAUGUACCUGAAGGAGAUGAGGUCCUUAUACCUUGAUCCGUUCGGUGCCACUCAGCAACAGAUUGAGAGGUGUAAACAUGUAACAAGGGCACUGGUUCGCCAGAAGUGUCCUGCUAUCGGGAGGUGGACAUGUGCUACAUUGGCCCAUCCUAGACAGCAGGACACAACAUCAUGUGGGGUGUUUGUGUGCAAGCUUGCAGAGCAGAUUUUGCUGGCCCAGCAGAUUGACUAUGCAGUGGACCAGGAGGGUGUGGCCAUGCUAAGGAUGGACAUGGCUAAAGCUCUGCUGGCAAAUACAGAUGACCUAUCCCAGCUGUGUCGGGCUUGUGGGGAGGAAAGCUCCGGGGCUGAGAUGGACAAGUGGCGGUCACUGGAGCAGCUGAGGGAACAUGGGAACACAGACGACCACAGCUAA